GCGGAUGGGCCGAGGCACGAGCGUCAUCGGCCUCCGCUCGUGCGGGGAGGCGGGGCGGUUCCGGUCAACAGCCAUACUCAGCAACUGAGCCCUUCUCAGCUUCACCAGUGUUAUAAAUAGCUGGCUGUCGACAAGUUUAUGAACAUACGACAUAUUACUGGAGCCAUAUAGCGGAAUCAAGCCAAUACCAGAUCACAACCCAUCACCAUGCCGUACUCGAUCACAGUGAAAAAGACCGAGGGCAAGCCCGGCCAAGUUUACUACCCCCUCCAACUCAACACCAUCCCCCUCCCUACCCCCGGCCCAAACCAGCUGCUCAUCAAACUCUCCGCUGCCGCCCUCAACCACCGCGACCUGUUCAUCCGUCAGUAUCUCUACCCAGGCAUCUCCUUCACCAACCCUUUAUUCGCUGACGGCUACGGCAUCGUCACUUCCCUGGGCCCAUCCUGCUCCCCAUUUACCCACGCCCUACUCAACAAACCGGUGCUGCUUAACCCUACCCGCGGAUGGGAUUCCGCCCCCGAGGGGCCCGAGAACCUAGCCAAGGACUUCUGCAUCCUCGGCGCGUCGGCGGGUACCGAGGUUGGCACGGGUCAGGAGUGGGUUGUUGUCGGCGAGGACGAGAUCGUGCCCGCGCCGGAGCAUCUAGGUCCUGCCGAGGGCGCUGCGCUGCCGCUUGUGGGUGUUACUGCGUGGCGAGCGCUGGUGGGCAAGAGCGGGAAUGCGGAGGCAGGGAGGAAUUUGCUGGUUACGGGAAUUGGGGGAGGGGUAGCGGUCAUGGUGCUACUGUUUGCUGUUGCGAGGGGGUGCAGGGUUUUUGUGACGAGCGGGGAUGAGGGUAAGAUUGAGAGGGCGGUUCGGUUGGGGGCGGUAGGUGGGGUGAAUUAUAGGGAGGCUGGGUGGGAGAAGAAGUUGAAGGGAAUGUUACCUCCGGAGAGGCCGUGUUUGGAUGCGGUGAUUGAUGGGGCCGGUGGGGAGGUGGUGAGCAAGACGGUGAGGUUGCUGAAGCCGGGGGGGGUGAUCUCGUGUUAUGGCAUGACAGUCGGACCCAAGAUGGACUGGGUGAUACAGGCGACGCUGAAUAACGUGGAGCUGAGAGGCACGACGAUGGGGUCCAAGAAGGAAUUCAAAGAGAUGGUUGAAUUCGUGAGGGAGCACAAGAUUCGGCCGGUAGUGAGCCGUGUGGUCAGGGGGCUGGAUAAUCUCGAGGAGAUCGAGAGCCUGUUUGAGGAUAUGAAGGCUGGGCGGCAGUUUGGCAAGCUUGUGAUUCAGAUUGAUGCCGAGGCGGAUUCGUCCUCCAAGUUGUAGGCACGCGCGGCAGUUGGGCCGAGUUCAGAAUGGCUACUGAGGGAUUAGGU